AGAGCAAAAAGGACGCGUUGGACGCAAGCCAACUCAUCAGCACCUAUCAACAUUAACAACCAACAAUAUCAAGAGGCAAAGAAUGAAAGUCGUUAUUGUAUUACUAACGCUUACAGCGGCAACAAUGGCUCUGACCGACUUCCAAAUUACAGACUUCUCAACAGCUCAUAUAAUUACAAUAAGCAAAGGACUGGCCAAAAUACAAGACGUAACGUUUAAAUUAAUACACCUUAUCAACGUCGAACUGUACGAACAAUUUUUGGCAGAGGUAAAGCAAUUCAUGGACAAAAACACACAGACAAACAGUAUAUUUUACUCAACUUUAAAACAAGAAAUAGAACAGACUAAAGAAGCAAUUAAAUUUAUUAAACCAUCAGGUAGAAAAAUUAGAAGAUCAAUUAACAUCCUGGGUACGGCAUGGAAAUAUUUAGCUGGAACCCCAGAUCACGACGAUUUUGCUGCAUUAGAAUACGACACAAAACAAUUAAACGACAAUAACAAUAAACAAUUUCUACUAAAUCAAGCACUAACAGAACGUAUGAAUAACCUCACAGUAAUUACGGACAGACUAACAAACGCAAUAACAAAAGACAGCUACUUCAAUGACGAACUAGUAAUAAGUAUUCAAAAUAGAUUACGUUUAGUUAAGGAAGAAAUUGUAAACGUUAGAUAUGCCAUCCAAUGGGCAAAACUAUAAUUAGUAAAUAGCAUUUUAUUGAACAAGAAAGAAUUAGAAUUAACUCUUAAAACACUUGAAGAGGAAAGGAUGCCUUUUUCAUCAACUGAAGAAGCCUUAAGUUUUGCAGAAACAAGCGUCCUUUAUAAUUUAGCAAUGUUAGCGUAU